GCUCAAGUGCAAUAUUGGAUUUGCUUGGUCAAGGAAAAAACAAGUAUCUGGAGCGUCCUGGGUGGUAAGAGAUUCAAGGGGCUUAGUUUUAAUGCAUAGUCGCAGAUCAUACUCUCAGGUACAUUCUCUUUUUGAUGCUAAACUUAGGAGUUGGGCUUGGGCAUUAGAUAGUAUGAAUAAGCACCAUUUAGAUAAUGUAACCUUUGGAGCUUCCACCUCUGAGAUUAUUAAAGCUUUAAAUAAACCAAAAGAGUGGCCAGCUUUAAUAGGUCAUAUUGCUGAACUUUUAAGUUUCACCAAGGAUAAACCUAACUGGUUUAUGUGGAUUGAACCUUUAAAGUGCAAUAAAGGAGCUUCUGAAAUAGCAAUGAGUGUGAUAACUGGGUUAAGGUUACAUUCCUACGUUGGUAAGGGUCAUCCACAGUGGCUAGGAAACCUGUUUGAAGAGGAAAAGGUUAAUUAGUAGGGAGAUAGGGGUUAUAAUAUUUUACUAUAGAAGAGGUUAAAUUUUUCUUGUGUCUAGUAAGUAUAGUCGGUUUAAGGAAUAAGGAAACUUUAGAUGUUGGAAACGUUUCCCGUCUGUGACAAAAAAAUUUUGUUGUCUUCUGGUUUUUAUAAUACUUUUUUCUUACUAGUCUCUUUUUACGGUUUCACUCUUUUCAACCCUUUCUCAGUCUUAUCCUUUCCUUCCCUUACAUAUCUUUUCUUACAAGAUAUGCUAAAGUCUAUUUCCUUUAUCUUAUUAUUAGUUUUUCAUAUAUCUUAUUUUACGUUAACCUCUUACUAUAUAUAUUUACUUUGAGUGGGUAGAGAAACACAAUCUCCUUUUUGCUUUCAUGUUUCUCUAAAUUAUGGCGGAUGAAGAUCCAGAAUUGUUUGUCCCACAUGAGGCUUAUGCAGCUACGGUGGCUCGCAAUAGGCUAAGUUUGAUAGCUAGACCCCUUAACCCGAGAGCUCAAAACCUCUUUACUGUGAUCUCUUCGCUACCAAUAAUAUGGGGAUUAGCAGCAAGAGUCCAUGGAAGGGUUCUGGAUGAUACUUUUGUUCAGUUUCUAUUCCAAUCUGAGGUGGAUCUUAUUUCAGUUCAAAGAAGGGAACCAUGGAUAUUCAACAAUUGGUUUGUGGCUUUUCAGAGGUGGGAGGACCUUCCUGACUUUGAUUUCCUCACAACAAUAGAUAUAUGGGUUCAGAUGAGAGGAAUCCCUCUUCCUUAUGUUUGUGAAGAAACUGUAACACAAAUAGCUGAAGCGCUUGGUGAAGUGGUGGAAUUGGACUUUCAUGAUGCUACUACUACUCAGGUAGCUUAUAUCAGAAUCAGAAUUAGAUUUGCCAUAACUGAUCGUCUAAGGUUCUUCCGAAGAGUUAGGUUUGAUUCUGGGGAGACUACAGUAAUCAGGUUUCAGUAUGAACGUCUAAGAAGAUUUUGUAGCAGGUGUUUGAGGUUCACUCAUCUCAGGAACUAUUGUCCUUUUCUCCAACCUCUACCUGUCACAAACACUGGUACUGCAGAUAAUUUGACUGAUGGGAGAGAAAGAUUUGCGUUGCAUGAUGAGCUCCAUAGGUCAGACAUGAAUUUGCAAGCUCAUAAUUCUGAUGAUUCCCUUCCGGUACCUAUCCGUCCACCUCCAAGAGUUGAUACGCCACCUCUGAACCCAGAUGAGAUUGCAGCUGCAAGUCCUUAUUUUCAUCCUUCAAGAGAUGAAAAGUUUCUGAAUUUUGCUGUACCAAUUCCUCAGACUCCUUGGAGACGCAAUCAAACAUCAAUAGGCUCUAAUAUAACUCCAAUAAGUGAGUAUGAGAUAACUUCCAGAGAUGCAAGGAAGUUUGAAGUUGGAGAAUGUUCGAGAAGACAUGAUGAAGAUGAAUCUGGUAAGAAUUAUGAAAUGGAAGAGGAUUUAAAGCGCAAAAUCUCAGCAGUUGAUAAGAAUGAGGAAGAACGAAGGAAGCAAAAGCAAAAGGUUCAUGAGUAUAAUGAGGGAGGGAUUCUGAAACCUCCAAAGAAACGUUAAAGCUUUGACACUCUACUGAUUCUGUCAACAAUUUUUUGGAAAUGUUGCUUAGGUUCAAUGAAUGCAGCCAAGGUCUUGAAUAAGUGGAUAUGGUCUGAAAUCUUUUUGGUAAGUGCAUAUCCAAGAUGAGCAAUAUGGUGUUAACUCUUAGUUUAUCUUUAAAUCGGAAGUAAAAGUUUGGAAUGGCUUGUACUUUUGUAGUUUAGAAAAAUGGAUUAGUGGGAUCUGUUUGAUCUAAUCCAUGGUUGAAAGUUUAGAAAGUCUGUAGAGCUCUGUAAGUGGAAGUUACCACUGUUGUAACACUUGCAACACUUUGUUAUAUAUAAAAUGGUAACACUUAUGAGAAAAAAAAAAAGGCACAAUUGGAACAAACACACAAUUACACUGGUUCAAAUAUUUUUGGUGAGGGUGUUGAUUUUAGAAAAAGUCACCAUGGUAUAUAAGAUAUUAUUUUCACGGUGGGCAAUAUUAAUGGAACGGUUUAUUUACGACACACGAACCGAAUCCAACAGGAUGGUUCAACGAAUGUCAGACUUCUCAACUUGAUUGAUACAAAGACAUAUCUUUCUGCUUUACCAGACGAGAAACAAAAUCGAGCUGCUCACAGUCUAGCACAAUUUGGUUAUUUGAACUGUAAAUUUUAUCCAGCUUCUGUAAUAUUACCUGAUUGGUUACAAGAACAUGUUCGAUUGUUCGUAAUGACAUUUCUUAUUAAUAUAAGUUUUAUUUCAGGGAAACAAAAAGAAGAUGUAAGCAUCGCUUGAAAGACUUUCUUGGAAAAUUAAAAAGUCAGGCAAUACAUAACCCGACAAGACUAAUACCGUCAAGUUAAGACAAAAAGAAGGAAACAAAAAAAAAAAA